UAAUCAUGCUGGAACGGUCUUACCAGAUAUAAAAAACGACGAGUUAUAUAACUUGUGGUACGAUAAGUUAUGUGAAUUUGUGCGGUAUGUCGCGUCCUGCAAGUCCGUACGACUAGUUCAUCCAACGCCGUCGUGCAACCAUCCAAUUUAUAGCCGUUUCACGGAUUAUAAUAUCACCUGCGUUUCACCAUCUCCACGCAUAAAAGGUUCGAAUAAUAAUUGAAUGCAUAUGUUAUAUAAAAAAUACUAAUAUUUAGAAAAUGUCUUACUAACAACCUUGAAACAAUUAAUGUCUUCAUUACUCGGUAUGUGGUAAAUGUUUUAAAUGCUUAAUUUAGUUUUGAAUAGGUUUUACCUACCUACCUAAUAAUAGUUAAAUUCUCUCCUUUUUCAUUUUGAUUAGUACCUACUCGUCUAACGUCCACUUUUUGACUUAAAACUUUCGUAUUAUGUACGUUAUCCUUUUAUUGGUCAUAUCUGCUACUUUUAUCAAUAUGUUAAUUGGUUAAAAACUUGGCCGUGGUCAAAAAUGAGCCAUGACCGCUUAACGGGUUUGGCUAUCAACUUAUAUGCAAUUGAUUUAUGGAUAUAAAUCAUAUGAUUUAUGGAUAUAAAUCAAUUGCAUUAGAUUGACGCUGAUGGUAUUAUUGAUAGAUUCGCAAAUAUUAACAAAAGAAAUAUAGAUCUGGUUUUGUAAAUAAAAAUGUGCGUUAUUCUAUCAAAUAUCACAAUUUUUUUUUUGAAGGAGGUUCGCCUCCUUUAAUAUCGGCCCUCUGAGGUAAAGUCUCAAAUACGCCACUGGAACGUCGAAAAAUAUAUAAUUGUAGACUUUUCAUUUUCGGUCGAAUAACUUGUGCCUACUGUUCUACAUGCGAUUGAAAAACCGGGCCUAAAUAAUGAUCGUGAAUCAUCGUUUAGUACUAUCUGGGAAAAACUAAAAACAAUCGCCAGUGGCGUAAUAUUGGUGAGGGGGCUCUGGAAUCUUUGAACAUGUUACCAAGUCUUCAAGAAAAUAAUACAUUAUAUUUUGCAUAAUACCUACGCAAUAUUUUACCUGAUAAUAAAUGUAUUGCGAUUGGACAUAGUAAUGAACAUGGCAGAAUGGAAUCUACCGAUCGAUUUAACGAAUGCUUUUUAUAUAGUUAAAAGCAAUCAGUCAUGCAAUAAUUAUUCAUUCGAAUAUAGUCGAUAGUGAAAUUGUUCAGUUGUGCACAUCACUAGAGAGAAAAAAUAUAUUCAACAUAAGAACUUCCACCAGUAGAUAAAUAUUUUCUCCCGUCUCUACGCGCAGUCCAUUUAUUAUCAGAUUUAUGAUAUUUUUACUGAUAAAACUGAUAAGAGAAAUUACUUUUGAUAAGACAGUCUGGUUUUUAUUUCUUCAUUGCAAUACAAUAACAAUAAUAUAUAGUACUUUAUUUUUCGUUAUUAUGCUGCCAGUGCUGGUAAAAAGUAAAAAGUAAAAAUACAAUACCACGAUCGUCUGCAGCAUGGUUGUAAAAUGUAGUUUCUAUCUACAACUACCGUGGUCCACACUUCACGGUAUUCGUACUGAAGCAUUGUUAAGGCAUUUAGAACUGGCAUUAUUUUUUUAUAGGUACCUGUUGACUAUACAAUAACCUAUGUAUUAAGUUUUAGUUGAGUUUUGAGUUUUAAACUUACUUAAUUUUUUUCAGCUGACAUUUGUUCAAAACCGUCAACAUUGGUAAUUGUAUUAUAUCAUGUAAGUACUAAGUGAUUUUCUUCUAUUAUUUACUCAACAACAAUUUUAAGUUUUUAAAUAUUAUUUGUUUACACUAUUAUUUUUAAGGUUCAUAAAAAUAAACUCAUCUUUGAAAAUUCAUGUUUCAAAUUGGUAUAGAUUAAUAAUUUGUAUCUAGAUACAAAUUACAAAAAUAUACAGCACAUAUAUACAAUAUGUAUUAUCAGUUUCAUUCUCAAAGACGAGCAAAUUAUCCGUUUAAUUUAUAAACAUUAUUUAGUUUAAUAUUGUUAAACAUAUCAUUUGAUUAUAUCUAGGUAAUAGGUAUAUUAAAUCAUAGCCAUAAUUAUUUUAAACUACAGCCAUAGGUCCACAACGCAUACCUAGCUACCCAUUAAAAGAUUAAAUCAAUAAGCUCCCCUUUUCUCUAAUUAAUCUGGUAGCUAAUGACCUAGUUUACACCACUGCAACUAUAAUAGCUAUUUACCUUACAAUAGGUCCCUUACCUAUAGCUAUUUUGUAUUUACACCAUUUGUCCUAAAUUGAUCUCAAGCCUUAGAAAUUGAAAUAGUAUUUAUUUAUUAUCUAAUAUCAUUGAUUAUAAAUAAUAUUACUUAUCAUAAUUUAGCUAUUAGGACAUUUUAUUCAUUUCAGCAUGAUUACAGCUUAUAAACCAUUAUCUGAAUUUGUUUGCACCAAUAACAUUAUUAUUGUCACCAAUAAUUUAUUAGUAAGGUAAGCAAAUAAUAUGACCUGACUUGACUAAUUACAUUAUAUUAUCUUACUUAAUAAUGGUUAGGUAAUGUGAUUUAUGUGUGCAGUGUAAACUAAGCCAAUUGGAUGAAAAUUUAUGUUACUAAAAUCAUGAUUAGGAACAGAUAGAGUAAUUUUACCUAUCAUGAAAUUUUGUGUAAUUUAUUGUUUUACUUAAAAAAAGAUUUUAGCCAAAAUUUGUUAAUCAUAACAUAAGAAUUAAUAUAUUUAGCUCUUUGAAAAUAAAUAAUGCUAUUCAUACCUUUUGUUUUGUCUAUACCUAUUUGAAGGAUUUCUAUUUUAUUUUUUUCUUCGAGUGUUACGAUCUUGUCAACAGGCAUCCAACACUUGAUAACUACCUAUAAUAUUAUAUCAAUAAUUUCAAUACAUAAUAUAGCUAAAUAUUUGUGAUAAUUGCGCUUGAAUGUAUACAGUUGUUAGGUUAUAAACAGGUAAAUGUACAAAAAUUCAUUUCUAUGUACCUUUAUAUUAUAUAUGUACCUAUUACUAUAAUAAAUAAUUAAUACUAAACUAAAUACAGAUUACACAUUUUUAUUCAUUAAUACUAUUUUGUAAUUAUAGAUUGUUCACUGAUCACAGACGUUACAAUGUCCAAAUUACAACAAUUAAUCAGUUGUUAUAAGAAAAAUAACACUAACAAAUCGGUAUAGUAUAAAAACCAAAUAAUUUGCAAUUGUUAAUUUUAUAUUUAUACUUGUAUUUCUUUUUUUUUGCAUUACUAAUUUGUUACUCGCGUAAAGACAUCUGAUGAAGAAACAUUCAUUGGUGCAAUUGAUGAAGGAACUAGCAGUACACGGUUUGUGGUAUGAUCAUUAAUAUAAUUACAUUUAUAUGAUAGACUAUAGUUGGGUAAAUAAUAAUGUAAAUUGUUUUUAUUUAAUAGGUGUUUUCAACAAAAACAAACAAGCUCAUAGCAAGUCAUCAAAUAAACACUACUAAUAUAUGCUUGAAUGAAGGAUGGGUAGAACAAGACCCAGAAGAUAUUCUGCUUAAAGUUAAAGAAACCAUAGCUGUUACAUGUGAAAAACUCCAAGAAAUGGAUAUACCCAUUUCUAAAAUAAUAACCAUUGGUGUCACAAACCAACGAGAAACAACUUUGGUGUGGGACAAAUUUACAGGAAAACCAUUAUACAAUGCUAUAAGUUAGAUUAUUAUAUUGUAAAUUUAAUACCUUGUAUCUUAUUAUCUUGCAUUUCAAUUAAAAAAUUAAUAUUAUAAAUUUGUUUUAAAAAAAUUAGUAUGGAUGGAUAUACGGACACAAUCUAUAGUUGAAAGAUACCUCAACAAAAAGAUUCCCAACUGUCAUACAUUGGAAUUGAGAAAGAGGUAAUAUCAUAUACGAGGGCUAAUCAAAAAGUAUCAAGACUGGUAGUAUCAUUCGGAAAAGGAGCAUUGAAGAGCAGUAGGAUUGGUAUCACUUGCUUCUAUGACUUUUUCUGAGUACAUUUGUUUUUAUUGCUUCUCUAUAAAAUUCUUCGGUUCGAUUUCACUGAUAUUUUUGUAAAAUAAAUUUUUCGAGUUUGGCGAUUUUGUAAUAAACCCAAAAGAAUAGUAACUUGACAGAUUUGGAGAAUUUAGAAAAUUUGUCUGCAUUUUUUUCCAGUUUCAGAGGGAUGCGACAUUUCAUGGUUUUCGCCAUUAACAUUUCAUGGUUUUCGCCAUUAAAUGUCAAUUGAAAAACUGAAAAUGUGCCCUCGGUUGGCAGCGAGUUCCGCUUCUUUUGGAUUCAUUACGAAAUCGCCAAACGUGAGAAACAAAUUUUAGAAAAAUAUCGUCAAAUCAAAACGAAGAAGUUUAUAGAGAUUUUAUACGAAUAGAUGUGCUCAGUAUAAGUCAUAGAAGCUAGGUUUACAAAUCGUUUUGUUCUUCAACGCUCGGUUUCCGAGUAAUAUUAUCAGUCUCGAUACUUUUUGAUUAGCCCUUGUAAAAUAAACUAUUGAACUUAUUAUUUUUGUAGUUAGGGCUAUUAAGGAAUAGAUUUUAUUAUAGGUUGUAUUUUCAUAGUUGUGUUUUAGCGAUAUAUUUCACAUUUGCAUGUUAUACAGUUAUGCAUAUUUCUAUUUUCUUGUCUUAUUCAUUCUGCAUUAUAAUUAUUAUUAACAGUGGUUUAAAAUAAAUUUGAAUUUGUGAAAUCCCAUACAUUUUUAUGAAUAUUACAGACAGUCAACUAAUUCUGGCAAACUGUUUCAAGUAAUUAAUGAUGUAGCCAAAAGUUUUUAUAAACCAUUUACUAAUGUUUUACAAUGAAAACACAAUUCUUGUUUUUUUUUUUUUUUUUUUUUAAAGAUAUUUUAUUUUUAUUUGAAAUCGUAAUAAUGUAAUGUAAUAUUUUGCAUAUAUUUAUAAUAGAGUAGCACUAAUUAUUGUUUUAUACAUUUUUUUUUUUUUUCAUAGGCAUUUGCAAGUCAAAUGUGGAUUGACUAUGAAUCCAUACUUCAGCGUAUUUAAAUUGAUUUGGUUACUGGAAAAUGUAACUGAAGUUUCUGAAGCAGUGAAACAAAAAAGAUGUAUGUUUGGAACCAUGGAUUCUUGGCUAAUUUGGGUAAUAUUUUAAUAUACAAGUGUUAAGUAUAAAUACUAGUUAAAUAUGCUUUGUGUAUUUGUU